UCAGCUGUGCCAUCAAGAUCAAGAUCAGGAUCAGAAGAGUGUAAACAACCCUCCUCGGCCUCACCAGCCCCCAAAACACUCCAGAAGAACGAUCCUCCCCACACCCCAACAAACCAACAGCCCUUAAAAUAUUGAAGAAGUCCUCAUCCCCGCGGCACCAUGGGCGACGAGGAAAUAAUCAGGAGGAGGUUGAUGAUUGAUGGAGAUGGAACUGGAGAUGCAAGACUUAUGAUGAUGUUUAUGAAGCAGUUCAUCAAAUGGUGUAGCACAGAUGACACUCCACAAGAAAGUCAGAAUCAGUAUGAUCGUCUUCUGACACAACUGGCAACCAUAGAACAUUCAUCUCUAAAAUGGAAGUCUAUUGUGGAUAUGAAUAAUGAAGAAAUCAAGAAUUAUGAACUGCUGAGGGAAGAGACAAGUACUAAUGUUGAAAAGGCUUGUACAGCCAUUGAAGAAGCAAAGCAGGAACUUGAAGAAGCCAGGCAAGUGCGACGUAACCGAUUAGAGUAUGAUGCUCUGGCUCGGCUGAUCAAGGAGCACCCACCACGAUCAGAUACAGCUAACAAGUUGGCCCACCUAACACAGCACCUUCAUGCACUCAAGUCUAAAAGGGAUCAGCUGGAAGAAAAGAUCAGUUUGAGGCAGAAGCAGCUCCACGUUUUGGUCACAUCACUGCAUCAGUUGAAACAGACACUGGCUGAUGAUAGUAUUACCUCUGCUUCUGAUGAUCUCUGUGUUAUUGAUGAGGUGAUUGACUUAACAGGCCCAGCGCCUACAGUGACUCUAAGUGAUUCAGGAAUGGAUACUGCCUAGACGUACCUUGGCAAAUAGCAUUUACUACAUACAGGGUUAGGAUUAAUAGUGCCCUCAUCCUCAUUUCUUGAUGCAAAAUAUAUGAUCAAUAUGUUCGUAAAAUUGUUUUAUUUAGUGCAUACAAAAACAUGUAUGCAUAUAUGCAUUAAUAAAGUUGCCAUAUUUAAA